AUGGCGCAUCAAAUGGAAUUGGUGCCCAUGCAAAGAUCCCAAACGGAUAUUAGUGAAGGCAAAAUGAAACAUAUUGCUAUAGAAAAAGCUAACAAAGCUAUAAAUACCAGAUUCAGUGGCAAUGUUGAUUACGAUAUGAUGCUUGUAAUGUUCAAGGAAAGCUUUCUUGAAAAGUGGGAAAAAAUGACACCAUCUCCGGACACGGGUGUGCAAGGCUUCGAUGAAUUGGCUACGAUUGGAUUAGGCUCGUUUGGUAGAGUGAAAUUAGUGCGCGAAAAAUCGACGGGUAAUUACUAUGCUGCCAAAUUUGUGCUGAAAGAAAUGGUCGUUAGAACGAAACAAGUGCCACAUAUAUUCAAUGAGAAACGCGUGCUACUCAGCAUAGAUUUCCCUUUUGUCGUUAUGAUGGAAUUUUGUCGAAAGGACUUUGAUAACUUAAUCUUCGGCUUGCCGUUCAUAAAUGGCGGCGAACUUUUUACCUAUCAUCGCAAGGUGCGUAAAUUUUCUGAGAAACAAGCACGUUUUUAUGCCUCACAAGUGCUGCUUGCUUUGGAAUAUCUGCACAAUUUGCAAUUGCUGUAUCGCGAUUUAAAGCCAGAGAAUUUAUUGAUUGAUAAGAGAGGCUAUCUCAAGCUUACAGAUUUUGGUUUUGCUAAG